CGUCAGAUAGUGGAAUUGGUACAUCCUCAAACGUUUCGCCUCUACCUAGCUUCCAUCACCUUCCAUGUCAGCCUCCCCCUUGGCCAUCCUUGGGGUUCAACCAUCGAGAAGAGUCCUCGUUCCGACAUGCUGGAACAGAGAAUUGAUAUUCUGCUGUCUGAAACUACUCGUGCCGCCUACAACAACGUGGCUCGUGGUCUUUUCGAGAGUGACAAAUUGGUUUUCUCCUUCCUGCUCUGUGUCCAAAUCCUUCGACAGGCGGGCCAGAUAGACUCGGCUUCAUGGUCUUACCUGCUGACGGGAGCGGCUGGUGCCGAUCGCCAGCGUCCCGAACAGCCCGCCUCGACUCGCGCCUGGCUUCUGCCACGGCAGUGGCGUCAGCUGGUCGACUUGGCCUACAACGUCCCUGAACCCUUCAAGACUCUGCCGGACGACAUUCAACGAGCCCACGUCUGGAUCACCAUAGAGACGAAAAUCUCUACUUCCACUUCGAUCUCUCUAGCCUCGGACUCGGUAAGCAGAUCGGCGGCAGCGUCAAGCCCGUCCACAACGGAUGAAGAAGAUCAUCCAGACGCCUCGGUUCCGAUAGCUACAGUAUGUGCUGUCGAAACGGGAAGUGAUGAGGUGACCAACACUGUCUUCCGUCUCGACUUGACACCCGAAGGCCUGUACACUCAAGAUGAGCCGAACUGGGACGCCAAGUUGACGGGAUUUCAGAAACUACUUGUUGUGGCCAGUGUCUGUGAAGAAAGACUCGUGCAGGCAGUCACUGAGUUUGUUCGUUCCAGUCUUGGACAGCAAUUUACCGAGCCACCAUCCACUGAUUUGUCUCUUCUGUAUGAAGACAUGAACAAUGUCACUCCGCUGAUCUUCGUCCUCUCCACCGGAUCGGAUCCAAUGUCGCAGUUUCAGCGAUUCGCUAAGGAAAUGAACUACUCCGAUCGUGUACAGGCUGUCUCACUCGGCCAAGGACAAGGUCCGAUGGCCGAGAAACUGAUGGAAGUGGCAGUCAGAUCGGGCGAUUGGAUCUUCCUUCAGGUGGGGCUAACUUUUUGUUCUAUUCACGUACUUCUCUUUGAUUCUCCUGCAUAUAACCUAGCCUUGACGUCCAUCUUCCGUCGUUUAAGCCUUCUCGUAACCAUGUUGGUUUAA